AGCUCUCGUAUCGACGGAAAUACAGAAGGUGUAUCUGAUUGUGCGCGGCGCAACUCGUCAUACUUCGUCUGCAUGUCGACCGGCUACUGAUGUCAACGUGAACCCCCAGUUAGGCUUCGUUUACACUUUUGUCAGUUGUCAUUGGAGGCCAAAUCAAAGAUUGUUCAAAGGCUUUUUUAAGUAGUCGUCUUCAUUUUUAGUUAUCAAUUUCGAGGUGGAAUUAACUCAAAGGUUAUUUAGGUGAUGACUUACAUAACGAAUGUCAUACACUUGCCACGGUUCACUGAGUGUGCACUAUUACUUUUAUAAAGAAUCUGCAGUAAACACAGUACAUAUUGCCAUAAUAGAGGCCAUAGCACUACCCUUUUAUUUCUAAUUACGACAGCUUUAUUCUUCUGUAAUUGUCUCAUUGAGCGAAAAAAAGUUUAGCAUUAAUUAAAUGAUAUCAUCUAGUGUUACGAGGAGAUGUCUGGCCAUGAAAAAUACAAGCUGGAGUCAGUUGUGUAGAAAACUAGAGAAAUGUAGGAUAGCCACAAGGCACUUUGUGCAUAGCCAAGCACAUUCAAAACAUUCAUGUGCGUCAUUUCAUUUGGCAUGGAGAGGGGUUGUGAGAGUGUCAGGAAGGGACACCGUUGACUUUCUGCAGGGACUUGUAACAAAUGAUUUAACACAGUUGUGUAUGAAUCAGAGUGGAGCGAUGUAUUCCAUGAUGCUUAAUAUCCAGGGUCGGGUUCAGUUUGAUCUGCUUUUGUACAACCACAGCAAGACGUCUGAUGACCUGUGUUUUUUGAUAGAAUGUGAUGGAGACCUCAAAGAUGACUUUAUUAAGACCAUUAAGCGGUUCAAGAUAAGGAGGAAGGUGGACAUAAGUGAUGUGAGCAGUGAAUACCAAGUUUGGUCAGUACUGAGUGGCAAUGACCCUACCUCUAAAAAAGCAUUGAACUCAUCAACUGAAGAUUCACCUAAAACACCCGUCGAAAAACCUGAAGCAGAUCAAAGCAACAAUCACAGUUUUCCUCAUGCUGCAUUUUGCCUACCAGAUCCUCGCGUGGGACAUUUUGGACAUAGAGUUAUUUUUCGCUGCGGGGAGGCAACAAUCAACAUGACUGGAAAACCUGCAGACUACCAUGAAGCACGGUACAGAUGGGGCAUUCCAGAAGGUCCUGCUGACCUUCCACCAGGCAAUUGCCUUCCAUUAGAAAGCAACCUUGAGCUUAUGCAUGGUGUCAGUUUUUCCAAAGGCUGUUACAUUGGACAGGAACUAACAGCACGAACAUACCACACAGGUGUUAUCAGGAAGCGACUUGUUCCUUUAGUCUUCGAAAGACCAGAUGUGGAUGUGGCAAGUGACUCCCAGAUCAGCACUGAGCAUGGGAAAAAUGCUGGAAAGUUCCGCAGCUUGUCAGGAGAUCGUGGUCUUGGCCUUCUUCGACUGGCAUAUGUUAAUGAACAACUCUCCAUUAACUCCACUCAUGGACAUAAAAUUGGUGCAACUGCAUACAUCCCGGGAUGGUGGCCAGAGGGUGUUUUUAAAAAUGUUCCUUGAUUGUUGCUUAUGUAUCAGUCUUAAUUUUGUUGGUGUGAGGGUUGCUAAUAUUCCAGCUCUUGCAUUUUUUUCAUAUCACUGUAUGGGCAGGUCAAGUAAAGUUUCCCUUCUCCCCAAAUGAGGAUGCAUUACAUAUGCCUUCUCUUUUGUGUGAAGUUUUCCUGGCUAUGCACUGUAGCUUGGACAUUAACAAAAUUAAAUCUAUUCAUUGGUGUUGAAUAUGGUGUUUUUCAUGGGUAUAUGCAUCUUGUCUUCACACUUGAGAUUUAUACCAUCUUAAUCUUAUGGAAUGACAGAUUAAGGUAAACGUAGUAAUAAUGAAGACAAUUUAUAAGUAGCA